CGGGGCAUCGGUGUGCCUAGCAACGGCAGCGGAGCCGGAGGAUGGCGAAAGCGACGACCAUUAAAGAGGCUCUGGCCAAAUGGGAAGAAAAGUCGGGUGAGAAGGCAGCUGAAGCAUUGGAGGUGAAGUUAUAUGGCCAGAUCCCUCCCAUUGAAAAGAUGGAUGCAUCCCUUUCCACGCUUAUCAACUGCGAAAAGUUGUCCCUUUCAACUAACUGCAUUGAAAAAAUAGCGAAUUUGAAUGGACUGAAGAAAUUGAAAAUUCUAUCUCUCGGAAGAAACAACAUAAAGAAUUUGAAUGGUCUGGAGGCAGUCGGGGAGACAUUGGAAGAAUUGUGGAUAUCAUAUAAUUUAAUAGAGAAGCUUAAAGGAAUUCAUGCUAUGAAGCAGCUACAAGUACUAUACAUGUCGAACAACCUAGUGAAGGAUUGGGCUGAGUUUAGCAAGCUAGCCGAUCUUCCUAACCUGGUUGACCUUGUAUUUGUGGGGAACCCAUUAGAAGAGAAGUAUUCGUCUGAAGGCACCUGGGUGGAUGAAGCAACAAGGAGACUCACCCGGCUGAAAAAACUGGAUGGGGUGCCUGUCAUUAAACAGGUGGAAGAAGAGGCUGAGGACUAACUCUCACAUCACUGAGGCUGAUGACCGAAAGACCUUCCUAUUGCACUUUCUGUAUCUUCCUUGCAAGUGAACAUUGUGAAGAUGAUCACAACCUGCAGUCUUUGGAACUUUCCUAGCACGUUGUUGUCAUGUUGCCUAUGUGAUUUUUUGUUUUGUUGUUGUGUUUGUUGAAACAAUGUGAUCAUCUGAAAUCUGCUGGCCAACACUGAAAAACUUCAACCACGAACAGGAAAAUAAUAGCUUGAAUUACAGUUUUUAAAAAAUUUCUACCUUUUAUGUGGCAGGUGCGUUAACUGUUUGCCAACAUGGUAAACGAUUGCUCAUUUUUGGUAAAGCACAUGAAAUUGCUUUCUUUAAAACUCUUAACAAUUGUAAUAUAAAUGAAUAUUGUUACAAUCUAGGCAUGUGGUCAAUGAAUAUUAUUGGAUUAGGCCCUACCCUUACUUAUUGGAUAAUGCAAUAAAACAUCAGCUUUUCUCCAUGCUUAUUCCAUCAAACAGACAUACUUUAUAAGUGAUAUUCUUAUUUUUGUAAAGUGAUUUUAUCUGUUUUAUACAAAAUUAUUUAUCAGAAGAAGAUGUACGUGUAUGCACAAUCUUGUGGAAAAUGAUUUAUUCUGGUAACUA